GGAAAGCUGAGAAGAAGAAAUGGAAAGAACUGAAGCUGUUAAAGAAACUGGAGAAACAGCGGAUGCAGGAGCUGGCAGAACAGGAAGCCCAGAAGCAGCAGGAGCAGGAGGAGGACAGAGGGCGUCACCACACGCUGAGCGUGGCCCUGCCAGGCUCCAUCCUGAACAACGCGCAGUCGCUGGAGCUGCGCACGUACCUCGCGGGACAGAUCGCUCGAGCCUGUGCCAUCUUCUGCGUGGAUGAGAUCGUGGUCUUUGACGAGCACGGAGAAGAUGUGAAGACCGUGGAGGGGGAAUUUGAAGGAAUUGGGAGGAAAGGCAAGGCUUGUGUGCAGCUGGCUCGGAUCCUGCAGUACUUGGAGUGUCCUCAGUACUUGAGGAAAUCCUUUUUUCCAAAGCAUGAGGAUCUGCAGUUUGCAGGGCUGCUUAACCCUCUGGACAGCCCCCACCACAUGCGGGUGGACGAGGACUCGGAGUACCGCGAGGGAGUCGUGCUGGACAAGCCAAUGAAGCCAGGCAGAGGCUCUUUUGUUAACUGUGGGAUGAGGAAGGAUGUGCAGAUCGACAGACAGCUGACGCCUGGUCUGCGAGUCACCGUGCACCUGCAGGAGUCUCAGAAUCCAGAAGCGAAAACACCUAAGGGCACCGUGGUGUCCUCGCACCACCCUCGGACUGUGUCAGGCUUGUACUGGGGCUACAGCGUCCGCCUGGCCUCCUGCCUGAGUGCUGUGUUUUCUGAGUGCCCAUUCAAGGAAGGCUAUGAUCUCUCCAUUGGGACCUCAGAGCGGGGCAGCUCCGUGGACCAGGUCACUCUUCCCUCCUUUAGGCAUGCCCUUGUUGUGUUUGGAGGCCUUGAGGGCUUGGAAGCUGGGGUUGAUGUGGACCCAAACCUGGACAUCACCGACCCAAGCGUCUUGUUUGACUUCUACCUGAACACCUGUCCCAGCCAAGGCAGCAGAACCAUCCGGACAGAGGAAGCACUGCUGAUCUCUCUGUCUGCACUAAGACCCCACAUCGAUGCAGCUGUGAAGACACCCAGUGACAGCUGA